CGCGGUCACACUGGUUGGUUCAUUUGACAUUUUUUGCGGAGUGUGUUUUUUUUCGAGGAGCAGUUAAAAGAACAGGAAAAAAGCAACGUUUCAACGAUCAUUCCCGUUUUCAAGCUAAAGUAGUAAGCAACUAGAAGAACACAUCGGCACACCAUGCCUUCGGCUGCUACCACAAUUACCAACAACAGCAAUAGCAAGGAGAAACGCGCCUCGGUUAGCUCCAUCGGUGGUGUCGGCGUGAGCGGAAUCGGUAGCAGCUCGAGCACCAAUGGGCGCAGCAGUAGCCCCAGCUUGACCGAAAAGUCGUCGACGGCGCCGGCAGCUGAUGGCAGCCAAACCGAUUUGAGCAACAACAAUGGGAGCAAUGAAAAUACUGCCAAAGCACUGAAGACGGCCGCAUCUGCGACUGCCGUGGCUGCUGCUGCUGCUGCUGCCGAACCGUACAAUCCCCUGAAGCAAAUGCUGGUUACCAUUGAGCACAAAAUACGGAACCUGGAGAAGCGCAAGACAAAACUGGAAUCUUAUCGCGCCAUACAAACAGGCGGCAAGGAACUGAGCGCUGACCAGGCGUCUGCUGUGGCCAAAUACGAUGCGGUCCUGGCCAAUCUGGAGUUUGCCCGCGAGCUGGCCAAGCAAAUGCAACAGCAGUCCAAAGAGGCCGAAAAGGAGCAGAAGAAACAGGCACGCAAGGACAACCAGGCCAAGUUGCUGGCUGAGACUGCCAAGAUUCGUGAGGUUUUGAUCAUUCAGAACGUGCUCAACUGCUUCAAUGAUGAACAAGUUCGAAACGAUUUCCUGGCGGGCGAGAACGGAGCGCAAAAGUUGGAGAGCGGCGAACUGGAGGUGCUGGAGAAAUUCUGCAAUGAGACCCAAACCCGUCGCCCGGAAACUGCUGAAGACAUAAGCUUCUUAGCCACUGCCCAGAAAGCGGCCGAGCUGUUCUCCCUGACGAUCAAUGCCAAGCCCAAGGCCUACGGUGAAAUCACCUUCGAAAAGGUGCGUGCGCUCUUCCAACAGAUCCAGGACAGCGGAUAUCUCGACAAGUACUAUCAGGUGCCGGUGGAGAACGCGGUGGCCAACAGCACGGACAGUGGCACUGGAAGCGGCGAAGGCGAUGUUGGGGAGAUAUUGCUGAAUGAUGGCACCGGAGAACUGGAAACGGAGUUGCCUUCCGAGCCGUCAGCUCGCACCUCUCUUGAGGAGGGUCUUGAUAAUGUGCAUUUGGGUGGCAAUCCUGAAGCGGAGCAGCAGCAGCUGCAACACGAACGCCCAAAUCACAUUCAGCUUGAGCCUCAGCUCCUGCGUGCUCCAGUGGAGAAGCCGCAGCCGCCGCAAAACAUGGUGGUGCAACAGCCUCCAAUCUCUCAACCAACGACCACGCCUGUGCAUGUUGUGUAUGCUUCGCCGCUGCCACCUCAGCAACAACAGCCACCACCGCCUCACCCACACAAGCUGCUGAGCAGUCCCGUGAAUCUCCAGGCCUUGCAGCAGACGGGAGCAGCUCCUCCUCCCCCUCAGCAGCAACAGCAGCAGCAGCCGCCUCCUCCUCACUUCGCCCCCACAGUUCGUGCCGUGGAGCAGAAUUACUUCAAGCAGCCACCGCAUCCCCAGGCAGCAGGCUUGCAGGCUCCCACACCGCAGCAGCAACAGUUUAUGCAGCAACUGCGUCCAUUGGCGGAGGUUUUGGGCACAGGAACCUUCCACUUUCUGCAGGACAGCGAACUGGACAAUCCUGAGGUCUUGCCUCCUCCGCCCCCAUCCAACCAGGGAUUGAUCUUCGAGGCUCGGCCACACUACAUUGAAGAGCCUCCACAGGCCAUACAAACCCUGACCUUUACCAAUCAAUCCUUCCCCUCGCAGCCGCAACAGCCGAAGCCCCAGCCACAGGCCCCUCCACAGCAGCAGCAACUCUUCUCGCCUGUUUUAAUCCACGAGCAGCGCCAGCAGCAGCCGCAACAGCAACCCAUGUUAAUCAUGACACGCCUACCGCCCCAGCAGCAGCAGCCACAGCCUCAACCACAACCACAGCUGCCGCCACAGCAGGCUCCGCAAGGCAUCGGCAUGCAGCCAGGUGACGUGACCUCGGUGUUUCCCUACGACAGUGCUGUUGUGACCUACGAGCAACAAAUCCAGCAGCAGCUUAAGGAACAACAGCAGCUGGAAGAUACCUCCAUAGGGAACACAUCAGCUGCAGGAGCUGGUGGCGAUGUGGAGAACAACGAAUGGAGUGCCCGUAAUAACGAUACCAAUGCCGCAGCCACCGCUGCGCUUACGAAUGUCUUGAAAGCCCAGUCCUCGUCGAUAGUAGAGUCCACACCGCCGGCACAGCCUAAUAAGUGGAGUUCGGAAAUGAAUGCCAUGAGCAGCGCCGCCUCAAACGGCAGCAACAACAGCCAUAAGCAGGAGUGGGCCACUCCACGCGACAAUAGCAGCGGCAGCGGAUAUCCAGAAAACGAAGGCAACAACCAUUGGAACAGCUCUCAGCAAGAUGGACGACGCAAUUCCGGAAACUAUCAGCGUCGCAGUGCUGGAGGAGACGACAGACGUGAUCGGGAUCGGGAACGUGAUCGCGACCAGGGUGGACGUGGCGAUGAGCGCCGUAAUGGUGGCGAAAGAGGAAGCUAUCGCUCGCGUCAGUACGGAAACUCGACAAACGGACGCAAUCCCGGGGGCAACAGUGGCGUGUACUUCCGCAACAACGAGUCGGGAAGCGGAGGCAACAACUAUUACCAGAACGGCAGCGGGGUCUACAACAAGGAGUCGCGCUAUGAUUCCGCAGGAGGCGGUGGAAGCUAUCGCGGCCAGCGUGGUGGAAACCAGCAGAGGAACGGCACUGGCUCGUUUGGCGGUGGCAGGCCCUUGGGCGAUCGUGGUCGUGGCGGAGCGGGAGGCCAGGGUGCAGGUGGCGAGCGCGGUGGCUACAUAAAUCAACGCCAGACCCAGCCACAGCGCAUUCCAAUCGGAUUGGAGAAUAAAAACUGAGCAAACAAUACGUAUUACCAAUAAACAAAAAGGAUAACAUCAUGCAACAUCAAACAGAAACACACACACAGAUAACGAACACUGAUCAUCCUCCACAUGCAAGCAAAGGCAACGUAGACGUACAAUUACUAUUACGACGUUAGACUCCAAACCACAAGAAAAUAUGAAAAUUAAUAACAAAUUCGUCUAGAGCAAAUCACAAUUAGGGGCAGGGAAAGUGGCAGCAGCAGCAGCAGCAUGAGCCUGUGAGGAAUCCGAUUCUUGCGCAUUUUUUUAAAACCAUGUAUAAUUCUUUCCCUUAAUUACGAUUUAUUUACGUAUUAAUAAAAACAAAAUAGUUGUUAGAAAAACAAAGAACAAUUCAAAGGAACUACGACUAUAUACAGGAAAAACAAAAACCGCUCUAAGGGUGUUUCUAAAACUCCCAGAACAGGACAGGACAGAAAGAUCUUAAACACAACAAAAAGAUGAGCAAAGUACAUAACCCCGAAAGUCUCUCCCCCUCCCAUUCUCCUCGAUUAACCUUAACAAUUCUGUUUGGCUGCGGUGGAGCUGAAUCUAAAAACGGACAGAGACCGAGUGCGGGGGGAAAUAAAAAAGUAUUUAUACGUCUUAGCAAUUAAAUAACAAUUCUGAAUUAUACAAAUUAAUUACUAUUACCUAUAUAUAUAAACGAAGGAUAAAUAUA